AUGAUUAAUUUCCCUAACAGCAUUAGCCAUUACAAAUUUAUUGAACCAAUUGGACGCGGUUCCACUUCUGAAGUUCUCUCCGCCAUAUGUUUAGAUAAUCAAAACGAGAUAUCAAUAAAAAAGAUUGAUAUGGAAAAGUAUCCAAUCGAACUAGAAUUUCUUCGUCAGGAAGUAUCAUUUUGGUCAUCUUCAGCGCAUCCUAAUGUUGUAGGUUACUAUGGAUCAUUCGUUGAAGGUACUGUCAUUUACAUUUUAAUGGAAUACUGCAGUGCCGGUUCCAUUUACGAUAUAAUGCGCUAUGGAUUUCCUCGUGGUUUUAAUGAUGAAUUUAUCAUUGCUACAAUAUUGAAAGGUGUUUUAAAUGCGCUUAAUUACAUCCACUCAAAUGGUCAAAUACAUCGCGAUAUAAAGCCAGGAAAUAUACUCUUAUGUGCAGAUGGCUCCGUGAAAAUUGGUGAUUUUGGAGUUGCAGCGAGUCUAUUUCAAGAUGGCCAGCGUCAAAGAGCGCGUUAUACAGUAAUUGGAACACCAUGCUACAUGGCUCCGGAGGUGCUCACUGAAGACCACGGAUACACAGAAAAGGCUGAUAUUUGGUCUCUCGGAAUUACAGCGAUUGAACUCGCGACUGGCGAAGCUCCUUAUUCCAAAUUGAAGCCUAUGGAGAUCAUGGUUAAAAUUCUUAAAUCUCCGCCUUCGAAAUUACCUACAAACGCUCCAUAUUCGGCCGAAUUCAGAAAUUUCGUUGAAAAGUGCUUACAAUCAGAUCCAAUGAACAGAGCUACCGCUGAAGAGUUACUACGUCAUCCAUUUAUCGCUAAAGCCAAAUCAGACUCUUAUAUCAGCGCAACAUUACUUACAAAGAUUCCUCCAAUUGGAGAAAGACUUCGUACAAUAGAAAAGCAAUUUUCUGCGUUUUCUAUGAAAGAGCAAACACUUCCCCCGCAAGCAGAACAUCCUCCAAGCCCAAUGCAAUGGAAUUUUGAAGGAAUUGAACAACCAUCGCAUCCGCAUUCAGAACCGACAGAAUCUAUAACAAAAGGAAGGUUCACUAUUACCAAACAACCAAGUUCUGGUCAGUCGAAUCUUUCGGAAGCUGAUAAAGAAAAUCAACAACUGAAACAGACAGUUAGACAACUCCAACAAAAGGUUGAAAGUAUGGAAUGCGAGAUGGACCAAAUGAAAGACCAGAUAAGAUUGCUUACUCAGUUAGUUCAGAAUAUAAUGAAAUAA